CAAAGGGAGGCACGGGCUGGGGGGCAGAGAGGGAGCGUGAGUGUCCACGGUGUGUGCACGAGUGUGUGUGCAGGAAUGCGUCUGCAUGGCUCUGAGUGUGCAGGAAUGUGUACAUGAGCGUGUGCGUGUGUGUCCGUGCUUGCUGUGUGUGCGUGCGCAGGGCAGGCAGGAAUGCGCGUGCACAGCUCGGGGUGUGCAGAGCCGAGCGUGUGUCUGCAGCUGAGUGUGCAGGGCUGGGGGUGUGUGCAUGCACAGAUGUGUAUGUGCACGUGCACAUCCGUGUGCGUGUGCUGGCGAGGGGAUGCCCGGGGGGCUGUGGGGACGCUGGGGAUGAUGGUUGCUCAGGGUCCUCAAUGCCACCCCUCAGCCCUCCAACCCCCCCUUCUCCCCCAAAUCCCUCUUGCAGCCCCCCGUGACCUCCAACCCCUUCAUACCCCCCCAGGUGAGGCUGAGGAAGAAGCUGGUGAAGAAGGUGCUGAGGGAGAAGAGGCCCAAGGCUCUGGUCAAGGUCGCCGCAGCCCCACAACAGCCCUCCACUGUCGUGAGCACCUGCACGAAAUACCCCACCAGCAUACCAACGCGCAGUGGUUCAUUCCAGAUUCCGGCCGUUUUUCCAGUGGGAUAGACUGCAGCGUUGAGCCACGGGGUGGUGUAAAGGACUUUGUCGAAACCAUGUCUGCGAGGGAUGUCUCGACGUUGCUGGAACGUCUUGCCUCGUUGCGGGCAACGUUGCUGGAACAUCUUGCCCCGCCUCGCCGUUGCCGCAGCGACCACAAACCCACACCUCUCCUGUUUGUACCCUUACCCCGGCACGUGCGCCCAGACCCAGGGCCGAGCUCCCUGCGGAGACGGUAUUGGGCACGUGCACCGCUGCUGGGUGCGGGGGUGGGGGGAGAAGGCUGAGACACCUCAAUAAAAGAACCGUGACUACCGGCACCCAGUGGAAUUCCCCACCUGACGUGAAGUUGAUUCGGACCGACGGGACGCCGCGGCUCCGUGGUGGUAGCUAUUGCACCUUCUACUUUACUUUUUUUUUUUUCCUUCUCUUCCUCUCCCUUCCCUGCCUCUACGCAAACGUUCUUUCUGGAACUAUUAAGCUUCCUUUUGUUACGGCAUCUGACCUCGUUUGCGUUUUAAUCUCAGUUUUGCCUUCCUCCAAACUGCAAGCGUUGGCCUCGUUUUGGCUUUAAUUUCUUUUUUCGCAGGUUCACGAGGCGAAGCCAGUGCGCCAAGUACCGCAGCAUAGGAGCGGAGGCCAGCGAUUGGCCAGUGACCGUGCCAAAGCCUCUCGACGUCUCGGGUAGAUUGCGACACCGAUGGGCGUCUGUGGGAUAGGAUAGUAGGAGGGAGGUCUCACACAGAAUCACACACAGAAUCACAAGGUUGGAAAGGACCCAUUGGAUCAUCGAGUCCAACCAUUCCUAGCACUCCCUAAACCAUGUCCCUCAGCACUUCAUCCACCCGUUCCUUAAACACCUCCAGGGAAGGCGACUCCACUACCUCCCUGGGCAGCCUGUUCCAGUACCCAAUGACUCUUACUGUGAAGAAUUUUUUUCUGAUAUCCAACCUGAACCUCCCCUGACGGAGCUUCAGGCCAUUCCCUCUUGUC